UAGAAACAAGUUGUUUAUUUUUUUCCUGAACUUGUUUAUGGAAUAAAUAUUUAUUAUUUCGUUGGAAACUUUCUACACACUAGUAAACAAUGGAAGAUUGGUUAAAUAAAAUAAGAAAUGCUAGAAAAACUGCAUUUAUAAAAGAUGGAUUGCGCAAAGUUCAUUAUCAACUUGAUCCAAAAACAGAAAUGGUAGAAGAAUACGAAGAAAGUACAAAAUUAUUACAGCGAAGAGCUUUUCGCCGACGACAAGAGUUAAAAGGGCGAAGUGAUUGGGAAAUGGAAAUCGGAAUUGCUGAUCCUCAACCAGAAAACAAUUUAGAAAUUACAGGAAUUAAGGAAUCUACAACCCAGCCAUUCGUAACACGAAUGAAUACCAAACAUAAUCUUGAAUGGAGAAUAAGAAAUUUACCGUAUCCGAUAGAAGUGUAUUCCGUUACGGUAGAUCCAGGGCAGAAAAAUAUUACUGUUCGGACAACGAAUAAAAAAUAUUUUAAACAUAUUCAAAUUCCCGACUUUGAACGAUUAAAUAUUAUUCCUGAUUCUAAAGACAUAAAUUUCACUCAUAAAUAUAAUACGUUAAUAAUUACAUUGAAAAAGCCUAAAGAAUUUAUCAAUUUCGAGAAUGUAAUGUGGGAGGAAGUAAAGAAAGUGCCAGCGAAAAAGGAAGAUAAUAUGGAAUGUAGACCAAGUUAAUUUAUUGUUGAACAUUUUGGACUAAGAGCCAGCGCUUGCCAGACA